ACCAACUUCUACUAGGUUAUCCAGUCCUUUUGCACAGAGCCACAUGAGGAAAGCUCGCGGUGCAUCUUGUGUGCAUUGCCUCUCUUUUAAAGUAUCCGUCUGGAUUGCAUUCAUAAAAGUUAUCCCAGACCCAGACUGCUUAAGCUAUUUUUGCCCCUACCACACACACACAUCUGCGGUGACUCUAUCAAAGAAACAUCCUGGAUCAGGGAAACUUUGAUUCAGGAUGUUAAUGUUGCCUUAUCAUUGUUAAACCAGGGGACACAGAGCUGCAGCUCUGCUGUUAAAUCCUAUCUGUAGGAAGUUUGGGCUAAUCCCCCACCCUGUCUGGGUAAUUACAACAUGUGCAUUUUAAUCCGGUGAUUGUACGUGGCCGGUAUGAAGGACACAGCAGCCGCCCUCAACUGACGGAAGCAGCUUGCAGGGAUUUUGAUGGGGCUGCUGUGGCAGACGAUUACAGUUUGGUAAUGUGACCAGUUUGAUUUCCAAUCCCUCCGUCCAUCCUUCUACCUCUGUUGCGCUUGCAUUUCAGCAGCUUAUCCUACUACAAAGCCAAGAUGGCUUUCAGGGAAUUAGCAAGACGCAUAUCGGGGUAGUUCAUCUGGCUCACGACCUUUUCUUUGCCCUUCUGCUGCAGUUUGGGGUAGGGGGUUUGCUGAGGGAGAGUGUGACAGCUAACUUUGUGGUCAUUCGUUUCCAAACCCCAACACUCUUUAAACUCUGCUAGUAUUAUAAAACCUUUGUGAGAGUUGUUCCAGAGGCCUCAUGGUAUGAGCAAAUGGGUUGCUGCAUAUAAGGAGGCUUUGUUCAUUUCUGGCCCUCUCUGUUUACCUUUAAUUAGCACACGCUGUCUGAACAGUUCAGCGAGGGUUUUGAUAACUGAGGCAAACAACAGGAGCAAGAGUGGGCACUCUGUCCCUGCCACGUGCCAGCUGACACUGUGCCCAUAGAUUCCAGCAGCUCCUGUGGAUGUGCAGAGGAUUUUUAUCUAGGAUUUCCACCCUGCUAAUGCAGUUGCCAUCAAAACUCAGUGCUCUUAGCUAUGCAAAGGGAGAGUCCCGCUGCCUCCUGCCUGGUUCAUUGUUGCUCCGCAUUUUGUUCUGCCCUGUGUCGGUUUGGGGCCAAAUCUCAAUGUAGAUUCCAAACUUCCCACCGAUUCUAGGAAGUUUGUAACGGGGCCUUUGCUUCAAGCCAAUCUUGAUUUCUGUUUUGCAGAGUCAUCUGCUGACGCUGCCUGGGGCUGGGUGGUGUGAGGCCACAGGGGGAUUGUUUUGUUAUUAGGGACAUCUCUGGGCUCUGUAUAUGAGAUUUUCUGGAAGGCAGCCCAUUGCUGAGGGUACAGGCCUGUGUCUGAAGUUAUGCCUUGUGAUUACUGUGCCCACCCCAGCACACACCCUUUCUGCCGCUGACAGAGGAUGUGCACAGUCAAGCACUUGUUGCAGCCUGUAAUGAGCUGACAGUCAGUCAGAGGUGGCUUCCUGUGAUAGAAACAGUCAGUUUAUGCUGCUAUGGACACGAAUGCCAGAUCUCAGAAAAUGAAGGAGCUCUGCUCCCAUCUUAUUCAUCAGUACAAUCCAAUCAUUCCCUCUGCUCCUGCAAAAUGAUAUACACUGCUGCCACAGAAAAAACAAAUCUUGUCUCCAUGAGGCUAAGUAGAUAAGACACUGCUCCUUUGCCUCUUUUUCUGGGCUGGAACUCCAGUGGCACCAGAGAAGUAGGUCAUCGGAGCUGCCUGUACCGGCAAAAUAACCUGCUGCCUGUCAGUGAGGCACCUGUGAGGCAGAAGUCCUGUGGAAUCAGAGCAGAACGGGACUUCCUCCUGUACUCACAGGGGAACACAUUCUGCACAGGGCACUGGGCCUCCAAGGGGGAGAUAAUCAGGGCUGUUUGGCUUUUCAGUGGCCUAGGAUUGCUGUAAGUCUCCAGGGAUGCAGUGUGGAUGGAGCCCCUUUGAACAGAGGAGAUGCCACAUGGGAUCAUUUGAGGACCAUCUAGUCCAGGACCUUGCCCCCAAUGGUGGCCAGCAGCAGUUUUUGUGAGGAAGCUGUAAGACUCCUGCUGCAGGUAGAUGAGGAAUAAUCUGCUCGCACAUCUGGUCCCACCUGAUCUCUGACAUUGGCUGGUGCUCUGUAUCAUGAGUUAUUUACCCUUUAUUAGCUGUGUGUGAGUGUUACUGGGUAAGCUGGAGCUAGUCAGGAUCUAACUGUUGGGGGCUGGCUGUACUGGUUCCAUAAGCUAUGGAAAAAAUGUAGGGGUAUGUCAGUAGUAGACCAAGGAUAUGGUGUGGGAGCAUUGUGAGGGGAGGAAGGGAAGACUUGAACCCCUGGGGGUGUGGGAGACCCUGGUAGACUGGAGGUGAUGUGGAACCAGUGUGAUUUGGAGCAGAGGCAUAGCAGGGCAGUGUCAGCUGCCACCAGCUGAUGGUGGCAGUUUGGUCAGCCAUCUCUGCAGCAGCGGCUACUUUUGUGUCCCCAACCCUCCCUCCCAUCCCAAAAGUGGCAACCAGGGCUGCUGCCCUGGUCUCCCUCCCCACUCAGUUAUGCUCCUGAUCUGGGGCACUGAAGCACUGCAGGAAUGAUGUAGCACAGCAUGACAGAAGCUUGAGCAGCUGGGGUCACAGCAGGGGCAGGGUUUGAGGGGGUGAGGGAGUGGGUUGUGGGAGGCUAAAGAGCCAGUCUGAAGCACUGGGAAAGAGCUGCUGGGGUUUUGGGAAGCAGCACGAGCUGCGGGCUGUACCAGGAGAGAGGGUGGCAUCAUAGAAAAAGCUGGACUGUAGGGACUUUCGUCUCAUCUCACCUUACACUGAUGUAAAUCAGGAUGGACACCACUGAGCAAGCUGGAAUUGCACCAGUGCACACCUGUGCACAUGAGAGCCAAAUCAGAGCUUGAUGCUGUUGAAAAUCUGCUGCUUAACAGAUAAAUCAGACACAAAGCAGGAUUUCAGUUUUUCCACCCCACAAAAAUAGCCAAAUGCAAGCUCUGGGGCUCUUGGGUGGCUUGAGCCAGCCCCUGCUCCCUGGAAUGGGGAACAUGCUGGGAGCCAGCACUGGGCCUGCUUGCCUUAUAUCACAAGCACAGCAAAACCCAGCUUGUCUUUCUGUAAAAAUCUUGCUGCCUAGAAUGUCUCUUUUUUGUUUUCCUCCCACUGGCUCCAUCCCCAGGGCGCUGUGGGAGAGGGAGAAGGAAGAGCAGGGCUCAGUGACAUUCCGAGAACAGAAAGGAUGAAACAGGCAGAGUUUCUGACUCAUUAUCCGAAUUAGCAGGAAAACCUUCCUGGGAAGCAGCCAUAAUACGGGGAUGAUUUCAAUGUGCGGCUCUCAUUAGGGAAUGUUUGCAGCUGAUCAGACCGUAGCUAGAGCAUGAGAGAGAGAAUGCCAGGGUCUCCUGACACAAAAGUGAAGUAAGGUUUUGCUGCAGCUAGAGGGCUGUGCUGCACAUCUCCAGUCCUGUUUCUGGCUGUGCUGCUGCACAUCCCCAGUGCGGUCUCUGGCUACGCGGAGGCACUAUUCCCUGCUACCAUACCUGGUGCUGUCACCGACUACCUGAGGCUUCUGAGCAAAGCAGCUCCAGAGUCCUUCGGAGGGGAAGAGCCUGGAACUCUUCCAAGGGAAGGACUGUUCCUAGCCAGAAUCAUGCCUGGCCCGUGUUUUCUCCUGUUACCUUCUCUCCAACUUAGCGGGUGAGGAAUUCUUCAUUGCUCAGGCCACUGCAGGUUUCAUACAAGCACCUGCUGUUCUCCACAUCCACUUUACUAAGCUGCUUGCUUAGCUUCUAAAAACUAAAUUUCCGUCUACUGAGUGCAGAAUCUGUCACCAACAGACAUCCCAUCUCCAAAAGAACGCUGAGCGGAGAUCGAUGGUGUGAGGUAAAUGAUAGGGGGUCACCCUCCUUUCAGCUCCUUCAAGCAAUUUUCAGCAGAAUGGAAAGUAUGAGUGAGCUUCAAAACCCACUGCUGGCCAACAGCAAUGGGCACCUUCAUGGCAGCUACUCUUACCACCAGCAUCACAACCAGGAUUACCCUAGUCACCGCUGCCAGGGAAAACUGUACUCCUACUUCUUUCAAAACACUGGCACCGCCAGGACUCACCAGCUGCUGGAUGCCAGUUCUCUGCAGCUGGCUGUAGAAGCAUUGUAUGGCCCCAACUUCAUCCUGGUGAAGGAUGAGGCUAACCUCAAAGCCAAGGACAAGGGGGAGAGCUGUGAGACAACCUUUGUGGAAAACAAAGAGGCACCCUCCGAGGCUCCAGACGGGCGAGAAGUACAAGGGCCAUGCCUGAUGGAGAGUGAUAUCAGAAUCCAAACCGUAUCCUAUGAGGUAGAGGAGGAGGAAUUCCAGGAAUAUGAGAGUGACUCCUCCAGUGACAGUGAGAGUGAGGACCAUUUCCUGAUGCUUCCCCCACGAGACCACCUUGGUUUGGCCAUUUUUUCAAUGCUCUGCUGCUUCUGGCCUCUGGGGAUUGCCGCCUUCUACUUCUCCCAAGGGACCAGUAAAGCUGUCUCCAAAGGGGAUUUCCACAUGGCAAGUUCAGCUUCCCGGAGGGCUCUCUUCCUUGCUGCACUCUCUAUAACCAUUGGCACGGGGGUAUAUAUUGGUGUGAUUGUAGCACUGGUUGCUUACCUAACCAAAAGUGGCCAUGUAUAGCACAGACCUUCUUGCCAAAGCUCUUGCACUCUGUGCCCAAUGGCCAACCAUACUGGGACUCAGACUUUCAUAUGGGGCAAUGGACAUGAUGCUUGCAAGGGCUAUUGAAUAGCUUCAUCAGUGGUGGGACCUCGCCUGAAAGUAGACUACAGACCGUUUCCCAUUCAGAUGACCAACAGACUCUACUCUCCUUUAAACCUGGUGAACGACAGCCCCCUAGCAAAGAAUUUGGUGUGGGCAGAAAGUCCUGGAUUCUGAGACUGAGAAGAUCAUAUUUCACUCUUGGAAGAAGGUGGAAGAGAUAUUACUGCUUCAGCUGCAGAGCCUGGUGCAGCCACUCCCAGUUUCCAAGACAAUCUGCCCAUGCUCUAGUCCUGCCGUGUAGAAUUCUUCCACCUAUGGUAUCACAACCCUUAUCUAUCUUUGGGGCACAUGGGAAAGAGCAGGAAUAAGCCUGUAGGGAUUUUAUUUGUUGCUCAUGCUUUUGGGAGAUAAGAGUCACAGUCUCUUUGCAGAAAAUGUUUGUCAGGAGCUUGCUCUUGUGCUAGGGAAAUCAUUCACUAUCUAGUGCCAAAGGUCAGCCACUGCCCCUUGAGCUGCAACAAAGCAGAGCCUUCACUACAGAGCAAGCUCUGGGCUUCCCCCUGUGUAGACUCAGCAGAAAGUUCUGGACUCAGGCUUUAUCCUUGUCACAUUCUGCUGAUCCAUGGCUCAGCCCAGACUUUGAACGUCACAGUGUUAAACAAGAUGAUGAAUAUUUGUUUGAUUGGUAAUUACGCACACCAUUUUACAUGCUGACCCUGGUUGAGUAGGCUCUUGAGAUUCUUCUAUAUUGUUGUUCUACAGCAACGAAGAGGGGCACACCAGUGCCCUGCCCUGUUAGAUUAUGUGAAGAGAGGAAGUUAGAGCCCCUGCUCCAAAAGCUUGCCAUCUAAACAGACAAGGGAGGGAAGGGAAGCAGGAGCAGAGAGAGCUGAGUGAUGGGCCCACAGCCACAUGGCAUGUCAGUGGCUGAGCUGGGAACAGGGCCCCAGUGCAGAAGGCUGUCCCCUAGAUCAGGCUGCUUCAUCUGCAACUUUGUUCCUGAGGGGGUAAAAAAACCCCAACAAAACAAAACACCAAGCAUUGCCAUUCUGGGGAAGCUACAGGGGAAAAUGGUUCCCUCUGUCCCAGUGCUUCUGCUUCACAGGAAGCUAGCAACCCAUCCCUCAGAACUAAGAGUACUAAUUAGGGUGUGAACAAAAAGCCAGUGUUACAUCUGUGUUGAGCAGAGCCUAUGAACAAGGACAAAGUCCAGAGCAAGGAAAAAAUAUAUAUUUUGAAUAUGGAAAGGGAACAACCAGUAACGAAGGCUCUCCCUCCCCCAACACUGAAGAACUGGGCACUUCUACACAAGACCCUAUGUCACCAUAGCAACGAGCUACGGUGAUGUAGCUUGUCGCUACAGCAAUGUAGCUUGUCGCUACAGCAACACAGCACAAACCACGCCACCAACGCUAACUGCGCAGCAGCAGGGCUGGACACAGACAUGGGUGAACCGGGCGGCUGCCCAGGCCCAAACAGAAAGGAAGCCCGAAAAUGGUAGUUUAAAAACUAUUAUUAUCAAAAUCUCUGGUGAAGGGGGCCUAAUACUAAAAGUUCACCCAGGGCCACCAGGAGUCUAGGUAUGGUGCUGUGCAGCAGCAACUAGCUUGUUGAUACUGCACAAUAGGGUUGGAACAACACAGGUGCAGUCAGGUGCAUGUGUAGACGCAUCCACUGAGUGUUAAGCAGACCCUCCAUUGAAGUGCCAGUGCCACUCAUCCCAGCUUACAUCCUAUCAUUGCUCAUUUGUAUAGUCAGUGGUGUGCCAGGUGCUUCAAAGACACAUGUGAAGGCCAGGUCCCUGCCCCAAAGAGUUCAAAAUAAAGGACUCUACCUCACCUUUCACCUUCAGCCCCACUCUCCACCUCAGACCACACACCUUCUGACCCCAUCACUUCCAUUCCUCUCCUUGACUCUUUUCUCCUUCACUCUCUCACUCUUGUUGUGCAGUGUGCUGUAGCCAGGCUCCCGACUCUCCCCUGGGGUUUCUGGGCACCUUGUAGCAUAUACUGUAAGAGCGGUGGCAUGUUCCUUGAUAUGUGUAUAGUUCAAAUGUACAUUUCAUACUGAAGAAGCAUGUCAGUAUCUGAGAUUUCUAUUGUACUUGAGCCAUAAAAGAAAGAAGCACAUACCAGACCUGUUCAGAAGCUUUCAGAAAGUUCCCAUUAUGUUUUAUAACAUGAAAGAGUGAAUAAAAGAAUGGGAAACAGGA